CCUCGCGUCACUAAUGGCUCCAGUACUGGUCCUUUUCUGAAUUGUUUCAUGCCAACGGCCUUGGACAGGCUUCUCGCCCGCCCGUCUGCGUUGGAUGUCCUCCGCUCCAUCGUCAAUGCCUCCGAGCACCCUCCAGCAUGGCUUUCCACGCGCAAAUGCUGGCCUUGCAUAGCCCGUCGUUGCCAAUACUCGACAGCUCCGGAAAAGCCAUUGCCUCAAAUACAGCGCCGCUGGAACCAAUUCCAACAACCGAAUCGAGCACACGUUUUGAGAAGAUACCGCUUGACAGAAACGGGAGGAGAGAGGAAGGACGGCAUAGCGCGUCAAGAUGAAGCUGCCAUAUGGGCGUGGGAGCUCCAGCUCCAAGAGCGGCGGCAUCGCUCCGGCAUACGCGACGUCUGGAGGGCGCGCCACGGGUACAGCUUGCCCGUUGAGGACACCCCAGAUGCCAAAUUCUUAUGGGGCACUUUCAUCAAGGACCCAAAGGUCGUUAUCGCGGUCAUCGACCACGCAGCCGACAUACUCAAGGAGACUGGUCGCGCCUACCCAUACUUGUAUGAGCUGUGCAUGGGAUAUUGGCUUUCGCAAGAGCAGUAUGUGGACCUGGCGUUGGUGUGCCAUCACCGCAUGCUGGUGAAGCUGAAGUUGAGGACGCUUCCUCUGCGCCCUCUUGCGCGACUAGGACAAUCAAGAUUCGGACCGAAGGCCCUCGAAGCGUUCAUCGACAUAUACCGGAACAGCAACGAGAGGAAUGUAUACGACGAGGUGGUUCCGGCUCUUUGCGCAAAAGGAAACAUCACGGCAGCACGCCGGUGGCACACGCUAUGCGUCUACCGUGGGGACCUUCCCUCACCGUCUAUAGCUUCGCAUCCUAUUGUGCAGAUAUUCACCGCCGAAAUGUCCACUCUUUCCAACCCCUCGCCGUCAUUCGUCGGUCCCUCAUUCGGAAAACCCAAGCUCAACGAAGAGCUCACCCGCCGCCUCUUGGGACGCGACACGGCUCCGGUUCGGUUCGAAGACUCGUUUUGCGCCAGGAUGUUUGCCACUCGAGCCUUUCCUCCUGAGUCUAUAAUCAGGGGGCUUGCUAUGGUUGGCGUGAACGAGAUAGGGCCGCAGGCGGUGCGCGCCAUGGCAUCGAGGACAGUCCCAAUGUCGGCUAUAUCAGCAAGAUUUGAACAGCUCAGGGCGAACGGCAUUGCCUUACAGGGUUGCGUGUUUUCUCUAGCUCUAGAGAAGUUUGUCCUGGAAAAGCAGUGGCACCUGGUCCGUAGCAUCAUGGACAGCGAUCAGCAUCCUGAUGUCUUUGACGACGCGGAGCUCCAAAAAAAGCUACUCGACUUUUACCUCGAUCAACAGGACUGGUCUCAAGCCCAUCGGACGCUCGCCAUCCUCAGCCUCUUCCACAACGAUUCAAGCAACCAGGCGUGGAACCUUCUCCUACAAGCCCAUAUCAGGCGGUUUAAUGUGCAUGCGGCUACGAAAGUACUUCAGGAUAUGCGUACAAAUGACGCGCUUAUCACCCCUGAAUCCAUUGUCAUGUUCAAGGGCUGUCUUCGCCGGCGCCAACGAGGGCGAAAGCCAACCAACAACAUGGGACGCAGAUUCGACGACCUACGCUACGUUACACGCGUGUUCACCACUAUCUUAGAAGGCGGAACAGGAUAUAUCCCGCCCCACGCAUGGCGAGAAAUCAUCAGACGAUUUGGUAUGCUCGGUCGUUUUAGAGAGUUGCGGCGCCUUAUAUUCUGGCUCUUGAACUGGUAUGCACCGCGAAGCGGCACAAAGUUUGCCGAGCUCCCCAGAUCAUCGUUUCUGGACUCCGCAACCGAGAAGAUGCGCGCUGCAUUCCCCGACCGAAGUCAUUACUUCCAUUUCCCAGCUGGCGUGUCUCAGGUGAACGGACUACAUCCGAUUCGGCAGCUCUUUCCCAAUUCGCUGCAGCAAGGACUUAUUGUGUGGGGCUUCAAAGCCGGCCUUCUUCCAAACGCCCCACGGGAGCAGUCAAUGUUCUCGCCUACUGCAGCGAAGAAGCACUACCGCCGCAGAUUCCUCAAGAAAGGGAUCCUGAGGCCGUUAGACUGGAGCGUUGGGCUAAAGACUCUCGUCGAGCUACGCGAUUCCGGAAUCCAUGUUCACCGACACACCGUCGUCAAAGCUUUGCAGAUGAUGUUCGUGAAUCUGUUUGGCCGCGGAAGAUCACGGAGGAAGGAGAAUAGGGCAAUGGAAAGGGCGAAUAUUAUUCCCUACGCGGAGUAUGUCCACGAAGUGAACAAGCUGUGGGGGAGCCCGCUCUUUAGGGAGCCGGGUCUGUUCGGCAAGUCCAGACUCCACGCUAUGAUGUGGCAUCCCAGACUCGAACGCAGGGUGCAUAGGAGAACGGUUUUGAGGCUGAGCGAGAUUGGAGGUCCGAAUUGGCGGAAGAGUGACGAGGAGAAGAGCAGUCUCCCUGGGCACGCGUCAUCGGAAGGAGGAAGUGAAUAAGGCAUUCGUGGCACAGGAGCCGGGCUAUGAACCCUCACGGCGCAGCUUCCACUUUGCUCUUGGCUUAGUUGAUGCCCGCCUCGGCGGCGCAUGGGAAACGCAGAAGAGUGCACAUGUGGCACGAUAGUGAGUGUUAGAAUAAGACCCUAUAACAGCCAUAGAUCCGUAACAACUACCAGCCAAUGAAUCAUAAGUCAAUAUCCCGUGGCGUCGAUGGUUAUGUUCGGGGAGAUUAGGCGCAGUGUAGUAGUUUAUUCAGAAUUGCCG